AUGGAAUGUAGUAGAGUGGAGCGGAAGCAGGGACCAACAUAUGACCGCGAAUUCUGGUGGGCAGUGAUUGAGCAGCUUAAUCUACAAUACGAGCAGCAGACGCAACAACAGCAGCAGCCGCAACAACAGCAGCAGACGCAACAUCAGCAGCAGACGCAACAACAGCAGCAGCCGCAACAUCAGCAGCAGCAGGCGCAAAAACAGGAGCAGCAGAAAUCUGAAGAUUUUCAAUUCUGGUCGGCAGUGUUUGAGCGCCUACAGCAGAAUCUACAACAACUGCAGCAGGAGCAACAAGAGCAGCACCAGGCGCAAGAACAGCAACAGCUGCAACAACAGCAGCAGGCGCAACAACAGCAGCAGCCGGAACAACAGGAGCAGCCGCAAAUACCCACACCACCGCCGGCAACGACUGGUAGCAGUCUACACCAGUCACAGUAUGGUAACACGCCGACGGCAUCCUCCCUCAGUGGACCGAGUGGCAGAGCCGUAUACGCUGAUACGAGCUCUCCGUACUAUCGUCCUGGCAACAGCCCGGUGCAGCAUGGUCACCCACCUUACUCUGGAUAUUCGGUGAAGGCACUGUCGGGACACCAGCGCAGUAGUCCUCCGGCGCGGUGUGGUGGUUCGUCACCGCCAUCGCAAGCAUCACCUGAAUCCCAGGAGCAACCCCAGGAGCAGCCAGAGCUAGAGCACCAGCAACUCCAUCAGCAGCAACAGCAGCAAUGGCCUUCCUGGCCAAGCAUGGACCCCAGUCAAGAACCAUUGUCAGGCACAUCCGACAUCACUGGUGAAGGUGAAAAUCAACAAGCUCAGUCCAAACGUGGAGGACCUUUUGCUGAAAACUCCUGGAAGUCCCCCGUAGAAGUCUUCCUGGAAGCCAAUGGGCUGUCCAUCGACGACGACUUGCGGGAUGAGAAAGUGCAAGAUGCAUUGAGGCGGUACAGUUUAACCGGUGAUCCAUAUUAUCUAUAUUUAGAACCCGAGGUCUCAAGCCAGAUCAGGCGUAACCGUCUCAAACUGGCAAAGCUGUAGCGCCUAACCCUUUGGUUUUCCAACUCUGUCACCGUUGCAAACUUCGCAAGUCGACUCUUCCAGGUUUUUUGUCCACUGCUGUCGUCUGCAUUCAUUUUCUCUGCCAUAUGUCUGGCGUUUGUUUUGCUGUAGAUAUGAUCACCGGGUUUUACCUUCAUCUCUUCCUUCUCUUAUGCGUUAUCUCUUCCCUACUUUAUUAUUGGGAAGAUAAUCGCUUUUGGA